GCGUUGUUAUGUCAAUUGAGUGUUUCAUUUGGACGCCCGCCCACGGGGGAAUCUGUUUCACUCUAAAUCCGUUGAUUAUCUUCAGCCAACUCUCAACGACGUAUAGUCGCCUAGUACAUCUCUUGUUGUUUAUCCGUAAAGAUCCGUCUUUAUCCGGGUUGUGUUAUCCCAAUGGAGUUUAUUUUGUUAUUUACCUUUAUAGGGUUAGCUCAGUGUUAUGGAAAUAAUAAUAAUUAUUUCGAGAAUCACAAAUACUGCGAUGAUCUGUCACCAUAUUAUGGAUAUAUUGACUUGGACCAAAUUUCUGGUAUUUGGUAUGGUGUCGAAAAAAUACCACACGUAAAAGGGGAAUAUAGGGUCGAACACACAAAUGAAUGUUUCUACAUUGACAUAAAGGAGUUAUAUAUUCAGCCCACGCCGCCCACGCCCUACCCGCCCUUGACGAACUCGCCCUACGUAAAUAAGGCUUAUGGACUCCCUGAACAAUACAGGAUCAGGCAUUUUGUACUUGAGUGGCAUGAAGGCCUAUGGCAAGAUGAUUAUCACAUCAAAGUCAACACUUCACACAAAGGAUUCUGGCCCACUGACGUGCCAAACGGAUCUGUGGAGACCAUGUACAGAUUCUUCGGGGGAGUGAUACAAGUACUGAAAGUGUCACACAAUCAUCUCGUCCUUAACUUUUGCAUGAGACUGCCACACUCUCAAAUGUACAGUGUUGUUCUUGCCAGAAACGAAAACCAAUUAACGCCUGAAGAUCUUGCCAGUAUACAUAAUAUAUUUUCUAUGAAAAAUCUUUCCACCUCUUCAUUAAAACGAGUCUGUGAAAAUUCAGCUUCCAACCUGAAUUUCUCAUUUUAUUCUAUGAUUGCAUGUAUUUUUAUAUUUUUGAGAUCGCAAUAAGAUGUAUUUAUAAAGAAUAUAUAUAAUAAUAAAGAUUAUUUUUCAUGAA